AUGGACAUAAAGCAAAGAGACAGGCAGGAGAGCGGACCACCUUUACAUAAUCCAGCCUCCAGACGCUGUGAUCCAGGCCAACUUCCACUUCUACUAAAACCGCUCUCCACUUGUGCCACUCUCCUCCUCCUCGUGUCCCUCUCGUCAUGUGUUUGCACGCUCCUCCUCCGCCCGCAGCCUGACCCCGCCCCGCUCUGCUCUCUCUCCCCCUCUGCGCAGGUGGGCGAUCAGAUCCUGGAGGUGAAUGGGCGGAGCUUCCUGAGCGUCCCGCACGACGAGGCGGUGCGCGUGCUCAAGUCCUCGCGGCACCUGAUGAUGACGGUGAAGGACGUGGGCCGCGUCCCCCACGCCCGCACCGUGGUGGGGGAGACCAAGUGGAUCGCCAGCUCGCAGAUCGGGGAGAGCUCAGCCACCAGCAGCCUGGCCAGUUUCUCCGUGGAGCAGGGAGCGUCGGCAGCCGGAAAGCCGGGCUUCUACAAGGGCGUGGCGGGCUCCCAGGUGACACUGUCUAGUCUGGCAAACCAGUCCAGGGCCAUGAUGGAGGAGCAAGCUCGCCACCUGCUGACGGAGAACGAGCGCCACACCCUGAGCUACUACCUGGAGGAGUACAGGGACGGCCACAUCACGGUGGAGCCUCUGGUGCAGGCGCUGGUGGAGCUGCUCAACACACACGCCAAGUUCUCCCUGCUGUCGGAGGUGCGGGCCGUGGUCACCCCUCAGGACCUGGAGCGGUUCGAUGCGCUGGUCCUCCGGAGGGAGAUCCAGGCCCUGAAGGCGCGGCAGGGGACCGGGACCACAGCGCACCUGGGAGACUCGGGCUCCAUGGUGUCGUACCCGGACACUCUCACCUCCUCCUCAGCCAGCUUCAUGACCAACACCACGCUCAGCUCGGCACGGAACGACUGUGUUGUGGAAAACCACGAGGAGUGUCCACCCGAAGGCCUCAAUGCGCUGCUGGCCGACGUCUCUUUGGACGACGUACCGUGCGAUUCUCCGCCCACGUUCCGCCCUCCGCCUCCUCCCAGGGCGCCGCAGUCCCACCCGAGCCACCGCGAUGCGCUCAACAAAAGCAACUCGUCCGAAUCCUCUCACUCAGGCCUCUACUUCACGGCGCCCACCCAGGACCCCAGCCACCCGCACGCCACCAGCCCGUCCCGGGAGUACGCGGCGAUCCGGAGGCGCCACACGACCAGGAGGGAGCCCAUGCCAAACGCGCGCCUCUCCACGGUGGUGCGGCACAACAUCGGGCCCUUCCCCCGGGUGCAGUCCCCGAGCAGAGGUGCGAAACAGGUCCCUCCGCCCCCGCCACCCCCCCUGCCUGCGCCCGCCCCGCCCCCGCUCCGCUCCCAGCCCGUGUCUGUGUCCAAAAUGUCCAGGGCAUCUCCAGGCGGCGCCAAGCAGACGUUUGUGGCGGUGGAGGUGCAUCAGAACAACACGGAACCGGACGUGAAUGAGGUGCGACCGCUGCCAAAGGCCAGAGGUGGCGCUCUGUCGCAGCUGUCUGAUAUUGGACAGACCACCCUGAGCGAGGACAGCGGGGUGGACAUCGCAGAGGGCCGUCAUCAUGGAGACCGGACACAGGGGGGAGGGGGGGGGAGCCGCCCAAAACCGCCCGGUCUGCUGGAGCCCACGUCCACGCUGGUGAGGGUGAAGAAGAGCGCCGGCACCCUGGGGAUCGCCAUCGAGGGGGGGGCCAACACCCGACAGCCGCUUCCCCGGAUCGUCACCAUACAGCGCGGCGGCUCGGCUCACAACUGCGGGCGUCUGAAGGUGGGUCAGAUUCUGCUGGAGGUGAACGGGCUCCCGCUGAGGGGCCGCGAGCACAGGGACGCAGCCCGCAUCAUCGCUGAGGCCUUCAAAACCAAAGACAAGGACUACGUGGACUUCCUGACCAGGCUGAGACUAGACCGAGACUACCCAGUGCUACUACAGGUCCCCGUGUGUGACUCGGCUUCAGAAUGUGAACGUCAUGAGCCCAGAGAGAACAGUGAGAUGCAGAAGCACAGGCGGCCUGGGCUGAUGGUGUGGACCCAGGCCCCGCCCAGCUGCCCCCUCAGCAGCUCUUCUGAGGGGGAGGAUGAUGGGGAGGAGGCUGGGGAGGAGGCUGGAGACGUGCACGCCGGCCUGGAGCUCGCUCUGGGGCAGAUUGGCCUCAGCGAUGACGAGAUAAGACUCGGUACGUUCUCUGGAGACGCCUUCAGAGACCAUUACUGCUGCAGUCCACCUGCAGAGGGCGGCGCUGAAGGAGGCUCAGAUCCUGGUUUCAGUCCACUGAAGCUCGACUGUGAUCUGGACGCCUCAGAGGAGGAAGAGCACUGUCCCACUCCCUCAGAGGAGGAAGAGCACUGUCCCACUCCCUCAGAGGAGGAAGAGCCCUGUCCCACUCCCUCAGAGGAGGAAGAGCACUGUCCCACUCCCUCAGAGGAGGAAGAGCCCUGUCCCACUCCCUCAGAGGAGGAAGAGCCCUGUCCCACUCCCUCAGAGGAGGAAGAGAACUGUCCCACUCCCACUAAGUGUUUGAACAAAGACAUACGUCACAUCCAAGUCCCCGAAGGAGUGUCCCCAGUACUCUGUGUUACCACCCCCACCCGAGCCCCCAGCCUGCCCCUCCUCAUCAGCCCAGAGGAACUCGCCCACUGCCCGUUUAUCACAGACGAAACCCUCCCCGAGAUCCACCUCUACUCUGGUUCCUCCGACUCCAGCCCACCUCGACCCACAGAGACACGCCGUGAGACCGUGGCCGGCGCUGUCAGCAAGAUCCCCGUGAAGGUGUGCGUAACCCCAGAGAGGCAGAGCUUUGCAGAGGCCACGCGGUUAAGCACCAAAGCCAGGCCACAAUCGUCCAAAUCCAGCUGUCGGAGCAAAGCGAGUCCAAAGAGCGAGGGGAGACGAGACACGGCUCCGCUCUUCAGCUCUGGAGUUCCAUGUGCGCGCCGACUGGACCUGUCCAAAGUGGAGCCCAGGGUUCGCUUCCCCAAAGACGGCUACAGUCCCCCUAAGAGCUGCCACAGCCUGAGGGAGGGCCCCGUGUCCCCGCAGCCUCGUCUGGUCCAUAUGUCUCCGGCUGACAUCCUCACGGAGGUCCUGUUCAGCUCCGAGGCUCCGGACCCCGAUGACGAGCUGAUCCAGGCCGCGCUCCACAUGCUGCCCCCAGAGUUCAGGAGCAAAGAGCAGGCCAUCAGUCUGAUGAACGAGCUGCAGGAGGACAACUACAGGCUGAAGCUGCAGUGUGCUGAGCGGGCAAACAUCAUCGAGCGGCUGCGUCUGGAGGCAAAGGUACAGCGCAGCUCAUUUCUCAUCGUUAACUAUCGCUUUGGGUUUUGGCCGAAGAACAGAGGGAAUGAGGUGAACUUGUACUCGGACCCUCCUAAACCCGGGCUCCCUCUGCACUCUGGGCUCCACGCGCAGGCCUCCAGACCCAUGACCCUGGAGAUCCCUCACCCGCAGAGGGCACACCUCAGCCCUGCAUCCCCCCCUCAGACCGGAGCACAACACCCGCUGCAUGACAUCAUCAACAAACUUUGCACACAAGCUCAGGGGUUUCUAUGCAAUGUGGAGGGCUUUGAGCAGAGCCGAUUGAGUGCACAGCCACCAGAACAGCAGGUGGAGCAGGUUUUUGAUGACUUUCUUCAAAAGCUGGACACACUAGAAAAUGAGUACAUGUCGGCAAAGAAGGAACACAUGCGACAACAGAGGCUGGGCGCUCCUGCAGAAAGCUUUGACCCUCAGAGGGAGCUGGAGAAUCUGAUCUUCCAGUGUGGUCUACAUAUGGACAAGUUGAAGGAGCAGAUUCAACAGAGACGAUCGCAAACGGAGGCCCUCCACCAGCCCAUCCCUGCUGCCAAGGAGCUCCCUCUGAACAGUGUUUCUCCAUCCGACUGGUCGGCGUCAGUGAGACAUGACUCAAGUUUUACAGACGGUCUUUACCAGAAAGAACAAGCUCAGGAGUCACAGCAGAGAUGCUCUGCUGCAUCUGCUUCACCGUCCACAAAUGUGACUCAUUCAGCCGCAGAGAAGAAAAACCUUCUAACCACGUCAUCUCAAUGUGGACACGACCUGCCAGACUACGACGAGCUGUUUGAGAGCCACAGAGUCCUGCACAUGCCUUUAGUGCGAGAGCUCAGCCUCCAGCGAUCCCCCACCCCCGCCGCUCCAGUGAGGGAUCACGCAGAGGCCCGGAGACUGUCCAUGGCCUACCCUCAAGCCCCGUGUGCCUGCAGGGAAGAAGGCCACUUUACUCCUCCAUCCAGUCCUCCUCUGGAUCUCCCCGUCUGCCGUCUCAGCUCCAGCACAUCAGCAUCAGGGCGCUCCUGUGACCCGCGCACCCUGAGCUGUGGUCCCAGCAGAGGGGGCUCCGUGGUGUUACAGUCCCCCUGCAUAAGAGGCACCAUGGCUGGACAGUCCCCCAGCAGAGGAGGCAUCAUGGUGGGACAGUCCCCCAGCAGAGGAGGCACCGUGGCUGGACAGUCCCCCUGCAGCAGCCUGAGCAGUCUGAGGGAAGCUCCGGAGAGGUCGGACCACAAACCCUCCAGGGACGCAAAGAUGGGCUCUCAGGAUGGACUGAUCUCUCCGGAGACCGACAGCGGAUUUGUGGGCUCAGAGGGAAGCCGCCUCACCCCUGCCACGGCGACCAGUCCUGUCCACAAGAGGGAGCCAACAGGUGUUUUGGCAGUCGCACUUUCCCCUCCAGCGUCCACGAGCAUACGGAGCAGAGAGGGGCCGGCGGAGAGAGCGAAGCCCAGCCGAAGGAGCCGCAGAGGGGAUAAGACGCGGCCCUUUUCAGCCUCCAGCUCCCAGCUACACACACACAGAGGGGACAAGACCCGGUCCGCUCCAUCCUCCAGCUCCCAGCUACACACACACAAAGGGGACAAGACCCGGCCCUCUUCAGCCUCACACUUAGAGCUACACACACAGAGAGGGAACAAGACCCGGUCCUCUUCAGCCUCACACUUAGAGCUACACACACAGAGAGGGAACAAGACCCGGUCCUCUCCAUCCUCCAGCUCCCAGCUACACACACAUAGAGGGGACAAGACCCGGUCUUCUUCGGUCUCACACUCAGAGCUACACACACAGAGAGGAGAGAAGACCCGGCCCUCUCCAGUGUCCUGCUCCCAGCUUCACUCACAGCGCGCUCACAGAGACGCCGACGGAGAGAGCAGCGCGUCCGGACACGGCAGCCAGAGCAGCAGCUCCACGUCUGACGAGGACCACAGCGCACAUUCCUCUGACUCCGCCUACUCCUGCUGUGGCCCCGCCUCCUGUUGCCACGGUGACCUGCUCAAGUCUUCAAACGCACACAGAGAGCCACAGCACCAGGAGGCUCUCCACUCUCCACUGUUUCUGGGGGACAGAGCGGACCCCUGCACCUCCACGCCCCUCAGGUCAGAGAGACACAGGACACUUCACAGACACAGAGGGGACUCAAGAUCUCAGAAGACUCAGACCGUGUCCAACAAACUCUCUCAGACCGACACAUGUUUUCCUCAGCGAGUGUCCAGACCCACCCAGACCUCCGCCGUCUCUCCGUCACGCCCAGAGCCGGAGCAUAGACCUGUCCGCAAAGACGACUCAGAGCGAACAGAAGCCGCAGAACAAGAUUGUCCCGAGUGUUUGAGGAGAGCGUCCACCUCCUCUCCAGACCGAGCUGAGCCCAGUGUGUCGGUGCUUCCACAUCUGCUGCUUCUUUACCCGCAGCCUCCGCACUCUCACUCCGCCGCGGCUCAGAGCGCGGAGGAGUCCAGGCCGCGGCGCCGCAGAGAGGGGGGAGGCGCGCAUCGGGAACCCGCCCUCGCGCCCUCGGCUAUGGACGCGGAUCUGCGCCGAGCCCUGCGAGCCGCACGGACCAUGAGGCUCUCGUCCAGACACAUGGUGCUCACGCUGGACUCGGGUCUGCGGCACCAGCGCGCUCUCACCGCAAUAAACACCACCUGGUCCUGA